UUCCGGUUCCGCCGCGACGUGCCGUCGCCGUCAGGCGCCGCCGAGCGGGGCCCGAACGCGCCCGGUCCGAGCGCAGGAUCAGGCCCCCGCGGUGCCGGCAGCCAUGGCGCUGUCCAAGAGGGAGCUGGACGAGCUGAAGCCGUGGGUCGAGAAGACGGUGAAGAGGGUGCUGGGGUUCUCCGAGCCCACCGUGGUCACGGCCGCGCUCAACUGCGUGGGCAAGGGCAUGGACAAGAAGAAGGCAGCGGACCACCUCAAACCCUUCCUGGAUGAUUCCACCCUGCGCUUUGUGGACAAGCUCUUUGAAGCCGUGGAAGAAGGGAGAAGCUCCCGGCAUUCCAAGGCCAACAGCGACCGGAACCGCAAGCGGGAGCUGAAGGAUGUGUUCGGGGACGACUCGGAGGUAUCCAAGGAAUCCUCUGGGGUGAAGAAGAGGCGCAUCCCUCGCUUCGAGGAGGUGGAGGAUGAACCAGAAGUUAUCCCAGGCCCCCCCUCGGAGAGCCCGGGAAUGCUGACCAAGCUGCAGAUCAAGCAGAUGAUGGAGGCAGCCACGCGGCAGAUAGAGGAGAGGAAGAAGCAGCUCAGCUUCAUCAGCCCCCCGGCCCCACAGCCCAAACUCUCCUCUUCCUCCCAAUCGGAACGGCUUCCCAUCGGGAACACCAUCCAGCCCUCGCAGGCGGCCACCUUCAUGAACGAUGCCAUCGAGAAGGCUCGGAAGGCUGCCGAGCUGCAGGCCCGCAUCCAGGCACAGCUGGCUCUGAAGCCAGGGCUCAUCGGCAACGCCAACAUGGUGGGGUUGGCCAACCUGCACGCCAUGGGCAUCGCGCCGCCGAAAGUGGAGCUCAAGGACCAGACGAAGCCGACGCCGCUGAUCCUGGACGAGCAGGGCCGCACGGUGGACGCCAGCGGCAAGGAGAUCGAGCUCACCCACCGCAUGCCCACGCUCAAGGCCAACAUCCGGGCGGUCAAGAGGGAGCAGUUCAAGCAGCAGCUCAAGGAGAAGCCUUCCGAGGAGCUGGAAGCCAACACGUACUUCGAUCCGCGCCUCUCCAGCGCCCCAGCCCAGCGGCAGAAACGCACCUUCAAAUUCCAUGAAAAAGGCAAAUUUGAGAAAAUAGCCCAGAGGUUGCGAACCAAGGCUCAACUGGAAAAGCUGCAAGCGGAGAUCUCCCAAGCGGCCAGGAAAACCGGGAUCCACACGUCCACCAAGCUGGCUCUCAUCACCCCCAAGAAGGAGCUGAAGGAAGGCGAGAUCCCGGAGAUCGAGUGGUGGGAUUCCUACAUCAUCCCCAACGGCCUCGACCUGAAAGGCGGAACGUCUUCCAAGAGGGACGAGUACUUUGGGAUCACAAACCUCGUGGAACACCCGGCCCAGCUCAACCCACCAGUGGACAGCGACACCCCUGUGACUUUAGGGGUUUAUUUAACCAAGAAGGAGCAGAAGAAGCUGCGGCGCCAGACCCGCAGGGAGGCCCAGAAGGAGCUGCAGGAGAAGGUCAGGCUGGGCCUGAUGCCACCUCCGGAGCCCAAAGUCCGGAUCUCCAACUUGAUGCGAGUUUUGGGCACGGAAGCUGUCCAGGAUCCAACCAAAGUGGAAGCACACGUCCGAGCUCAGAUGGCAAAGAGGCAGAAGGCACACGAGGAGGCCAACGCUGCCCGGAAGCUGACGGCCGAGCAGCGGAAAGCCAAGAAGGUGAAGAAGCUGAAGGAGGACGUGUCCCAAGGGGUUCACAUAGCAGUGUACAGGGUCCGGAACUUGAGCAACCCAGCCAAGAAGUUCAAGAUCGAGGCCAACGCAGGGCAGCUCUACCUGAGCGGGGUUGUGGUGCUGCACAAGGACGUCAACGUGGUGGUGGUGGAGGGAGGUCCCAAAGCACAGAAGAAGUUCAAGCGGCUCAUGCUGCACCGGAUCAAAUGGGAUGAGCAGACGGCAGCCACCAAGGGUGAGGAUGAGGAGGAGUCCGACGAGGAGGCAGUGAAGAAGACGAACAAAUGCUCGCUGGUGUGGGAGGUGAGGUGGGAUUCCCUCUGGAGCGGUAUUCCAAGGCUUGGGAAUGGAGGCAGAGCUGCUGGGGCCGGGGGGUGGGAAGGGAUGAGCUUGAGGAUGGCGGCCAUCCCAAACUCCUGUCCCAAACAAUGUCCAGCCCAAGCUCCCAUCCCAAACAGUUGGGAUCAUGGAAUUCCCCAUGUUCCCAUCACCAACAACUCCGCAGCCCCUCCCCACCUCAGGUCUCAUCCCGCUCCCUUUCCCCCUCCCAGUUUCCCCCUUUUCCCAUGGGAUCUGUCCCUCUUCCCAUGGGAUCCACCCCUUUUCCCAUGGGAUCCAUCCCUUUUCCCAUGGGAUCCAUCCCUUUGCCUAUGAGAUCUGUCCCUUUUCCUAUAGGAUCCACCCCCUUUCCUAUGGGAUCCAUCCCUUUGCCUAUGGGAUCCACCCCUUUUCCUAUGAGAUCUGUCCCUUUUCCUAUAGGAUCCACCCCCUUUCCUAUGGGAUCCACCCCUUUUCCUAUAGGAUCCAUUCCUCUUCCUAUGGGAUCCGUCCCUUUUCCCAUGGGAUCCAUCCCUUUUCCCACGGGAUCCACCCCUGUUCCCACGGGCUCCAUCCC